AUGGAGUGUGUGAAUGAAGUCCGGUAUAUUGUGAAGAGUAAAGAUCGUUGUGAGAAAGUCGUCCGUCAACACUACAUUCGUGACGACAUCUCAUGUGGUCUUCGGAAGUGCUCCACAUGUCGCCAAGAGAACAUGCGAUUGAUUGGAAAGUCGGUGUAUGCUAUCUUUGAUCAUAGUGUCUUAUUACAGCAGUCCGAUGCCCUUCAGACGGACAGUUUGACUGAUUUCAUCAUCUUGCAAACAGCGCUCAACUACGUCUCUAACACUUCCAAACAGAUUUAUAAGAAAAUACGACAAAUGAUCGACAACGACGAGAAGUCGGUCUUCCUUUUCCUCAACGAAUUUUUCAGAGAGACGUAUGUGAUGUCGCACACUGAAGAAUCGAUCCUCCACAGAGACGCGCGUGCGUAUGUCGCUGCCGUUAAGUGGUUGAAUACUCAUUAUUCGGUGAAUGGAUGCUCCGUAGUCUUAGUCACAAACACCGCGGAGAGGAAAGCAGACUUCAUCGCCAAUGGCGUCAACACGAUGACGUUUACCGAGUACGUGGAUAUGUACUACAAGGAUGACACACUCCUCCACGACAGAAUUAUACAACACGUUGAAACAGGAAAUACCGUCCUCUUCAAACCCUAUUUACCACAAGAAGUCCUUUUGAAGGGGAUUUCGGAGAAGAAGUACUUCCAAGGGACUGUGAGAAUGAACCGCUUGAACUAUAAAGAGGCGACUGUAUACACAUUACAAAAGGAAGAGAUAUUGAUCAGUGGUAUUGACGAUAUGAAUAGAGUGGUCGAAGGGGAUGUUGCCGUAAUCGAAUUAUACCCACGAAGUCAAUGGAAGAAAGAGUCGGCUGUGAUAUCAGUAGCACAAGAAACAGAAGGCGAAGCGAAAGAUAAGAACUCUGUUGUCGAUGUGACACAAGACGUCGAGGAACACACCCCCACAACCGAUCAAAACGCAAUGGAAACAGAAGGGAAUCCGACUGGAAAGGUUGUUGGUGUCUUGAAGAGGAACUGGAAGCCCGUCCCUGGUUAUAUCAAGAAGGAAAUUGGAGGGAAUUAUUCGACGAACUUGCUCUUCUUACCGACGAACAAGAGUUACCCACCCAUUCGUAUUAAAGCAAGAGACCCUGCUCGUUUGGCAUCACAACGACUUCUUGCAGUGAUUGAUCAAUGGGACACAACUUCACGCUAUCCAACGGGACAUUAUGUGGCAACGUUAGGAAACGUUGGAGAUCGAGCCAGUGAGACUGAAGCGAUAUUGGAACUUCACGACAUCCCCCACUACGAAUUUCCAGAAACGGUGUUAAGGUGUCUACCAAAACUUCCGUUUGAAAUUACAGACGAAUAUUUGAAAGGGAGAAGAGAUUUCAGACGAUGUAACGUGUGCUCGAUUGAUCCACCAGGAUGUAAGGAUAUUGAUGAUGCGUUGCACUGCAAACUCCUGCCGAAUGGCCACUUUGAAAUUGGUGUCCACAUUGCAGACGUCUCGUGCUUUUUGAAACCAAAUACAACGAUGGACGAGGAGGCGAGGAAACGUGGAACGACUGUGUAUCUUGCGGACAGGAGAAUUGAUAUGUUACCGAAGCCGUUAACGGAAAUUGUGUGUUCGAUUACUGAGAAGACCGACACAUUGACAUUUUCAGUGGUGUGGGAAGUUGAUGCGAACGGUGAAAUCAUCAAUUGUGAAUACACCAAAGGGAUAGUGAACAGCUAUAAAGCGUUUGCGUAUGGAGUGGCGCAGGGAGUGAUCGAUAACAAGGAAGACCAAAGCGACAGAGCCAAAGAGCUCCGCGCGUUGUUGAUGAUAUCAAAGAAGUUGAAACAGAAACGGCUUGAAGCUGGUGCGCUUGUACUUGCGUCGAGUGAAAUUAGUAUUGAGAAAGACGAGAAGUACAAUCCCGUUGGUGUGAAAGAGUAUCAGACGUAUGAGACGAACUCGAUGGUAGAGGAGUACAUGUUGUUGGCGAACGUUUGGGUUGCGAAGAAGAUCUAUGACGCAUUCCCACAAUGCGCGCUUUUAAGAAGACAUCCGCCACCCGACGAACACGCGUUUGAAUGGUUAUCGAAUGUUAUGAAGACAAGAGGACAAAAGCUCGACUUCUCGUCGUCCAAAGCACUCUCCGAUUCGUUGGCGAAUUGUGAGUCAAGCAAAGAUCCAGUGGUUGGGAAGAUCAUGAGGAUAUUAGUGACGCGGUGUAUGCAACAAGCGAAGUACUUUUCAAGUGGGUAUUUCCCGAUGAACGAGUAUCGACAUUAUGGGUUGGCGUGUGACAUCUACACCCACUUCACUUCACCUAUUCGUCGAUAUGCCGAUGUUCUUGUUCAUCGGUUCUUGGCUAUGGCGAUAGGGUUUGAUCGAAUUGAGUUGACAAUUACAAAGGAAAGUGUGAAGGAGAUUGCGGACAACAUCAAUUACAGACAUACAAUGGCACAACAUGCUGGUCGUGAGUCCAUUCAAAUGUACACACUCAUCUUCUAUAAAGAUAAAGAAGUUGAAGUUGAUGGGUAUGUGGUCAGAGUGAAGGGGAAUGGAAUUGUUGUGAAUGUCCCGACAUGUGGGUUGGACGUCAUCGUUUUCUUGGAUCCAAAACUCGGGUUCCAAAUCAACGACAAACAAAACGCCGUUCACAACGGAAGGAUGAAAAUUUCGGUCUUCGACAAAAUCCACGGCGUACUCAGCAUCGACAAAAGCAAUGAGUUCCAACUCAAACCAACACUCAAAAUCACUUCCCCAGUGAUUGAAUAA